UGGCGUCCGACACCAACCAUGACGCAAUCGACGUGCGACAGGAAGAUACUCCACCGCUGGGGGACGCCAGUGUUUGCUCAGUUUCUUAAUUCCAGGAGGCUGUGGGUGACUUACAUAAGCUCGUUCACCAUGUCGCUGUCCGGCACCAGCAUGCGCCUGCUGAACGCGGCCCGAUGGAGCCCCUGGGUGCGUGGACUGAGGGCGCAGAGUACGCUGGCCCAGCAGAAAGAUGUCAAGGCCCAGAACGAACAAAAAAGAGCAAAAUCUCGGGUGCAGUUUGAUUGGAAGGACGCUCUUUGUCUGGACUCCCAGCUGACGGAGGAAGAGAUCAUGAUCCGGGACAGCUUCCGAUCCUACUGCCAGGAGAAGCUGAUGCCGCGAAUCCUGCAAGCCAAUCGCCAGGAAGUGUUUGACCGGAAUAUCAUAUCUGAAAUGGGAGAACUCGGAGUCCUGGGAUCUACGAUCAAAGGAUACGGUUGUGCCGGGACUUCUUACGUGGCGUACGGCUUGCUGGCCCGGGAGGUGGAGAGGGUGGACAGCAGCUAUCGGUCGGUGAUGAGCGUCCAGUCAUCGCUGGUCAUGUAUCCAAUCAGCGCCUACGGGACAGAGGAGCAGAAGCAGAAAUAUCUCCCCAGGCUGGCGAGUGGAGAGUUGUUGGGCUGCUUUGGCCUCACAGAACCAAACCACGGCAGUGACCCAUCCGGAAUGGAGACCAAAGCGAGAUACAACCCGACCAGCAGGACUUACACGCUUAACGGAUCGAAAACAUGGAUCACGAAUUCCCCCAUUGCUGACCUCUGUGUGGUUUGGGCCGGCUGCGAGGACGGUAAGAUCAGGGGUUUCCUGAUAGAGAGAGGAACGAAGGGCCUGUCGACCCCCAAAAUAGAAGGCAAGUUCUCCCUGAGAGCGUCUGCCACGGGCAUGAUCCUGAUGGAGGAUGUGGAGAUACCGGAGGAAAACCUGCUGCCCCAUACUGCAGGGCUGUCGGGUCCCUUUGGCUGUCUGAACAAUGCUCGUUACGGGAUUGCGUGGGGAGCGCUGGGGGCCGCCGAGUUCUGUUUUCAUACAGCGAGGCAGUACACCAUGGACAGGGUGCAGUUUGGGGUCCCGCUCGCCAGGAACCAGCUGAUCCAGAAGAAAAUGGCAGAUAUGCUGACAGAAAUCUCCAUCGGCCUGCAGGCCUGCGUACAGCUCGGCCGCCUUAAAGACCAGGACAAAGCCACUCCAGAGAUGAUCUCGAUGCUGAAGAGGAACUCGUGCGGGAAGGCUCUAGAUGUCGCGCGGCAGGCAAGGGACAUGCUGGGGGGUAACGGCAUUUCCGACGAGUAUCACAUCAUCAGACACGUAAUGAAUUUGGAGGCGGUCAACACCUACGAAGGUACCCACGAUGUCCAUGCCUUAAUCCUCGGGAGAGCAAUCACAGGACUGCAAUCCUUCACCGUCCAGAAAUGAAUUUGGGAGUCCACGCAAAAAAUCCAUAAUAAGGGGACUUAUAUUCACAUACGGGCUGGCACAAUAAAGGGUUAAUGCGGCUGUGCUGAUA